AUGCUUGCUUCAAUAAGUCAAGCUUUAUCUUUUCAACAAACCAUAUUACCUAAAAAUAUAGAUAAAACGUUAGUGUUUAAACUAUAUGAACCUAAACAAUCUAGUAUUAAAGUGCAAAAACCUAAAAUUA